GCUCGGGGCGCACACGGCGAGAGGGGCUCGGCGGCGGCGGGCGCGCAGCGAUGGGGAGCGGCGGCGUGAUCCACUGCAGGUGUGCCAAGUGCUUCUGCUACCCGGCCAAGCGCAGGCUGCGGCGGCGGCCCCGGCCCCUGAGCCUGCUGAAUCUCCCCGAGGACGUGCUCUUCCACAUCCUGAAGUGGCUCUCGGUGGGGGACAUCCUCGCCAUCCGCGCUGUCCAUUCUCACCUGCGGGCCCUGGUGGACCAUCACAGCAGCGUGUGGGCGAGCGCCAGCUUCCAGGAGCUCUGGCCUUCCCUGCAGAACCUGCAGCUCUUCGAAAGGGCCGCGGAGAAGGGCAACUUCGAGGCUGCCGUGAAGCUGGGCAUCGCCUACCUCUACAACGAAGGCUUGUCCGUGUCCGACGAGGCCCGUGCGGAGGUGAACGGGCUGAAGGCUUCCCGCUUCUUCAGCCUGGCCGAGCGGCUGAGCUCCGGCGCCGCGCCCUUCAUCUGGCUCUUCAUCCGGCCGCCCUGGUCGCUGUCCGGGAGCUGCUGCAAGGCCGUGGUGCACGAGAGCCUCCGUGCCGAGAGCGAGCUGCCGGGGGCUCACAAGGCAUCCAUCCUGCACUGUCUGGGCCGGGUGCUGAGUCUCUUCGAGGAUGAAGAGAAGAGGCGGCAGGCCCGGGACCUGUUCGAGGCGUCUGCGAGUCAGGGCUGCUUGCCCAGCUCCUACCUCCUGUGGGAGAGCGACAGGGACGCCGAUAUGUCUGACCCUGGACGAUGCCUCCACAGCUUCCGGAAACUCAGGGACUACGCUGCCAAGGGCUGCUGGGAAGCCCGGCUCGCUCUUGCCAAGGCCUGUGCACACUGGAAGCAGCUGGGCCUGGAGGCCAGCGCGGCCAGCGAGGCGGUGAGCCAGCUCUUCCAGAGCUCCCGGGCCGUCAGCAAGCUGCGCGUCUUCUCUGUGCAGAAGGGGCUCAGCGACACCAUGCGGUACAUCCUGAUCGACUGGCUGGUGGAAGUGGCCACCAUGAAGGACUUCACGAGCCUGUGCUUGCACCUGACCGUGGAGUGUGUGGACCGCUACCUGCGGAGGCGGCCAGUCCCCCGUCACCGGCUCCAGCUGCUGGGCAUCGCCUGCAUGGUCAUCUGCACCCGGUUCAUCAGCAAGGAGAUCCUGACCAUCCGCGAGGCCGUGUGGCUCACGGACAACACGUACAAGUACGAGGACCUGGUGCGCAUGAUGGGCGAGGUGGUCGCCGCCCUGGAGGGCAGGAUCCGCGUCCCCACCGUGGUGGACUACAAGGAUGUGCUGCUGACCCUGGUGCCCGUGGCGCCCCGCACCCGGCGCCUUUGCGGCUUCCUGUGCGAGCUGUCCCUGCUGCACCCCGGGCUGGCCGCCUACUCGCCCGCCUGCCUGGCCGCCGCCGCCCUACUGCUCGCCCGGCUCACGCACAGCCAGACACAGCCCUGGAGCCCCCGGCUGUGGGACCUCACGGGCUUCUCCUGCGAGGCGCUCACUCCCUGUGUCCUGAGCCUCCAUCAGAAGUGCUUCUACGACGACGCCCCCAAGGACCACCGGCAGGUGUCUCUGGCUGCCGUGAGGCAACGAUUCGAGGACAUCAGCCAGGAGGAGGUGUUGAGCUACGGCCAGCUGUGUGCGGCUCUGGGCGUGCAGCAGGACAGCCCUGAGCCCACGUCCUUCCUCGGUGCCAGCGACAUCCACAGCUUCCUCAGCUCGCCCUCAGGCCGGAGAACCAAGCGGAAACGGGAGAACAGCCCACAGGAGGACAGGGGCAGCUUUGUCACCACGCCGACUGCCGAGCUGUCCAGCCAGGAGGAGACCCUGCUGGGCAGCUUCCUGGACUGGAGCCUGGACUACUGCUCGGGUUACGAGGGCGACCAGGAGAGCGAGGGCGAGAAGGAGGGUGACGUGACGGCUCCCAGUGGCCUCCUCGACGUCACCGUGGUCUGCCUGAAUGCACAGCAGCACUGCUGCCAGGACUCCAGCGACGAGGACGAGGACGGGGCCUGCCCGGAGGAGGAGGGAGCCCGCCACACACCCCCGGUGGCUCCGGGACUGCCCAGCCCUCUGUGCAGCGCAACAGAGCUAGCCUGCAACGUGACCACCUCGGGGUACUCCUCAGUCAGCAGCACGAGCCCCACAAACUCGGUGGACAUGGGCGGCCCUCCCCAAUCUACCUCCGUGCUGUCCCCGGGCAGUGACCUAUACACACGGCCCUGUGGACAGCGCUGGGCCCCCGAGAGCGGCUUUCCCCGCCGGCAGGUGAAGAGGAAGAACCUGUCGGCCUGUGAUGAGCAGGAUGCGGCCCUGGGCUUCCUGCGCCUGUGAGCCUCGCCCCGCCACUGGCAGCUGGCAGGAGGGAAGCGCAGAUGCUCCUGUCCCGCGUCUGGGGGCCUGAGUCAGCACCGACACCCCCCACUCCUAUGUCCCCCCAGCAGCUGCAGCCUGACCGCUGUCCUCCCUGGGUCCUCUCUGCGGGCGGGGACCUCGACCGGUGGUGCUCAUGGGUCACUCCUCAGUGGUGCUUUGGGGAGUCGGACCAGGUACCCGGAGGGAGCGGGGCUGGCCACCUGCCGGGCAAGUGCCUCACGUCUUUCCAGCCCUCCAGCCUUAAUCCUCUUAAGACAAAGCAGAGAGCCCCUGAGGUUCUCAAUUAUCCGGGCUCUGCUCAGGCACCUCUGCGCGUCCUGACCCCACAAAACUCUGGGUGAUGGGACACCCUGGUGGGGUCGCCACCCCCAGUGCCCGGAGCCCCAGCCUGAGGGGACUGGAGGCUCCUCCUGCAGUUCUCCGCCGUGUGUGCCCCAGUGCCCUGUCCCUGCCCUCCCCUGUCGCCGUCAAGACUUCUGCUGCUGUGAGAAUUCAGACCCCAGGCUGGGCCUGUUGGGGCAGGGACGCAGCUGUGGACAGCAGCCCCUGCCUGCCAUGUGCCUGGGCCUGCAUGAGCCUCGGCUCCCUCGUCCGAGGGGCCCCAAUACCUACCUCCCGGGUGGUGAGGAUUAAAUGUGGUGCAGAGGGAAGUGUGUGAGUGGACUCCCUGCGCCUGCGUGCGGGUACACGAGCCUAGUUGUGCCCUGCUCAGAAGCUGCUCCAGCUCCGGGGUCCACCAGCCUCUCCCAAGCCCCCAAUGCUGUCGGACUGACAUGGGGGCUCUGAUGGCCCAGGGGUCACUUGGCCAUCCAAGCGCUUGCUCCUUCCUCUAUUCCUCCAGAGACCCUCAGUGGAUGUGGGACCUCUUCAUUCCACCCCGGUGGUUUAGGUGGACACUGAGGAGCCUGGCAGGGCUCCUGCCUGAUCCCUUUCCUGCUCCAUACCCCCAGCACUGUCCUGGCAUCCCUGGGAAGCAGAUUCUGUCCACUGCUUCCCCUCUCCCUGGCACCCUGCACUCACGGCUUCUGAGCUCACCUCCACCGACUGGGGGUUCCUUUUCCUCACCCCUCCCUCAUGGCCAGCUUAUGUUCAUGGAGCCCAGGCACCCACUGGACACCCCCUCGGUAUGACAUCACCUUUUCCAGCAUGUUGCAAAGGGAUCGCCCCUUCCUGCAGUCAAAAGCCCUACCUGGUCCCCCUCGCGCCUUGCC